UUCUCCGGAAGUCGUCCGUCCAAUGUUAUUUCACGAGCCUGCGGUCCAAACAGCUGACUGACCGAAAACAGCAGAAAAUCUCGAACAGUGCGUGGGUUCGAUUCCCGGACCGUGUCUGACGUAAACUCGCAUUAUGUCCACGUGCAGGCGGGGGGGUUGUUGAGUUUGGUGCACGCGGGCGACCCGCUCAGCUGUUCGGUCAGCUGGUCAUGUGUUGAUGUUGUGAUCCUACUGUCUUCUCGUUUGAAUCGUAACAUCACAGAGAAGCUCCCCGGGGUUUGCAGCCAUGGCCUCGGCUGUUCUCAGCUGCUUCACCGGUCCGGAGGUGCUGGAGGACGUGGACCACGCUCAGGGUCUGAUGAGAGAGCUGAAGAUGCUGUACGACUGCCGCCUGCUCGGGGAUGUCACCAUCGGGGUCGAGCAUGAAGAAGAAGAAGAAGAAGGAGAGGGGUCACUGCAGGGUGAGACCUCCAGAGGUGACAUCCAGCAGAUGUUCCUGUGCAGCCGCAACGUCCUUGCAGCUGCAAGCCCCUACUUCAAGAGCAUGUUCACCGGGGGGUUGACCGAGAGCAUGCAGGAGAGGGUGGUCAUCCGAGGGGUGGACGCUGAGUCCAUGUCUGUCAUCAUCGAUUACUGCUACACAGGCAGGGUGACCAUCACGGAGAGCAACGUGCAGAGGCUGUACGCGGCCGCCAACAUGCUCCAGCUGGACUACAUCAGGACGGCCUGUUCCAGCUUCAUGACCAGGAGGCUGGACGUCUCCAACUGCGUCGGGGUGCUGAAGUUCGCAGACACCUACGACAACCCCGAGCUCAAGGAGAACGCGCUGGCCUUCAUAGCCAGGAACUUCAUCCAGGUGUGUCUCGGAGGGGAUCUCUGCGAGCUGGACCUGGUGCAGCUGAAGGAGCUGCUGUCUCUGAACGCCCUGGACGUGGACUGCGAGAGGAAGGUGUGCUCGGCCGCCCUGCAGUGGAUAGAGGCCAACGCGCCGCAGAAAAGAGAGGACGCCUUGCAGGCGCUCAAGUGCGUCCGCUGGAACUUGUUCGCCGAGAAGGACAAGUGUUACCUGGAGGGCCUCAUGGCGAUGCCUCUGAUCGAGAAGUACCUCGCGUAUUUCUUCAACAGGUCCGCGGAGGACAGCUGUGGGAUGUCUGCGUCUCUGGACGCGCCCAAACACAGAAUAGGCGUGAGCGCCAAAGAAAUGAUCCUCUUCUUCGGCCUGCCCAAUGACAACAUCAUGUGCUGUGACCCUUACUCAGAGGACCUUUAUUUCAUGGCUCCACCUUUAGAAGAUCUGAGCAGUCAGGAUUACAAACGCUCCACCAUGGAGUCCUUAAUCGCCUGCUCCACACCUGAAAACAACUUGUUCCUCGCUUCACACCUCUCUAAACACUUCUGGCUCUACAACCCGGUGCUCAACCGCUGGCAGGAGUUGGCGGAGAGACCGCUGGGGAGGAUACACUCCGGGAUGGGCUACCUGAACGGCCACGUGUACCUUCUGGGUGGAAGGAACCCGGUGACGGAUGGCAGGCUAAAAGAGGUGGAGUGUUACAGCGUCCAGAGGAACCAGUGGACGUUUGUGGCUCCUCUGCCUCACUCUUUGGGUAAAAUGCAGGUAGUGACGCUGAACGACCACUUGUACGUGGUGAACAAACGGAAGAUGCUCUGCUAUGAUCCCAAGAGGAACCGCUGGCGACACUGUGGGUCACUGAGGCGGGACAAGCUCCACAAGGCCUGCGUGUUUCAGGACCAGAUAGUCUGCGUGUGCGACAUCCCUGUGGUGAAAGCCUACAGCCCCAGCAGGGGCGAGUGGAAGAGGCUGGGCGACAUUCCCAUCGACAGCCGCGCUUUAAAUUACCAGGUGAUCCAACACAACAGCAAGCUGCUCCUCCUCACUCAGACUUUACUGCAGCACAACAAAAACAGAGUCCUCAUCCACGAGUACGACCCCGCCAGAGACACCUGGAAGAACAUCAUGGCCGUGUACGUGUCCACCCUGGGGCCCGUGUGCGUUUCGACACGCGUGUACCCGGCGUGCCUCGGCUCCGCGCACAGCUUCUCCACGGAGGAGGACGACGACAGUGGCUCAGACUGGGACCUUGACGGGCUGACGGACGUGGACUUCGACUCGGGCAGCUCGAGCUCUUUCUCAGACGAGAACUGGUAGUGAAAAUGUGUUAGUGUGUCAAAGAAAGGGUUAACUUAUUUAUAACUUAAUGGAUAUUUACAGGCUUCUGUCUGCACAGAUCCAUGUACAGUUCAGUAUUAAAGCCAGCCAUGGACAGAAGAAGCCAUCAGAAUCUUUACUCCACCGGUCUGACUAAAGAUAAUUUAAAGAACGAGAGAAGAAGAGUUGGUGUUAGUUCAUUUUUUUCACACAGUGAGGCCAAAAGACUUCAAGUCCUGCCAGCGUGAAGGACAGUAUGAUGUCUGCUAGACUCUUGUUUGCAAGACAAAUACAUAAAACUGUGCAGCGAUAGGUUCCUCCUUCAUAAGAGCAGUUGAAUGAAGGGUAAGCCAGAGAUGUAGCACAUAAAAUUAAGGGCACUGGCGACAAAGAACGCCCAGAAAUUGAAGAAAAACACUGAAUCCUACACUUCCCAUGAUGCACUGGUUUCCAAACUUAGUUAGAUGCACAAGACUAGACGGAGAAAAUGUGGCAUGAAACCAAAGUGUAGCGCGUCGUCGUUAACGUCGGCUGUGAAUUUGAAUUCUCUCCGAGAAGGGAAAUGACAUUUAAAGCACAAAGACGAGCAGAUUUUUGACACAGAUCCUAAACACAGAGACGCCCGUUCUUGCUUUUUAAGUUCAAAGCAGGAAAGCUUUAUGUCUUCUGUGUCAGUCAGCCACAUUUUCCAAAAGGCGUUUAGGGAACCACCGCGUGUUCUUUUAUUGUUCCUGCCUGGUGAGCACCCACAUUCUUCCCACUCCUAGUUUGCAAACCAGCGAGACUUCAGCUACAGCUGCAGAGCUGUGCACUCCUCCCUAUGAUGCGUAAAUUGACUUUUAAUUGGCAGAAGAUCCCCCACCCCACCCCUUGCUUGUGUGAAGUUUGAGACAGAAACAUUUGCUAAUAACGUUUUAUUUAGUUUGAAUAACUGUGACUUCUGGAAGGUUGGGCAGCUAAAAGUGCCUCGUGUUUAUGACGAGCAACCGGUCGUUUAUACAGGGCUUAUGUCGAGACCUCACACACACACACACACACACACAGUUAUGAAAAUGUAGAAGCCAAUGCACUGUACGCUCACUCAGGAUCAGCCUUCGGCCUGUAUGCCAUGAUUGAGUUUUAUUUUCGAUGUCGUUAAAUGAGGUGUCGGUGGUUUUUGGUGACAAAAUUUAUGGAGUGUAUGUGCGUGUGUGUUUUUUUCCUAUCUGUGAUUUGGUUUGUAACGUUCAUGUUACACGCAGGAAUCGAGGUUCACGAGCUGUUUUGCAUAUUGUUUGGUGCUGAUGAAUUAUUUUAGUUGGAGGACUUUUUUUUUUCUGCAUGUUUGGAAGCCAUUUUCCUCCCCCUGCACUCAGUUACCAGUUUAUUAGCUGUAUCACCUCUCAGUGCACAAACCACAGCCUCCGAAGGGACCGUUAAGUUGUAUCAACACCUCUGUGAAACAGGUAAUAAACCGGUAAAUGAGUGUA